AUAUGUCAUCAGCAUCAUUCAGUACUCAACUAAUCAAGAUGAAGGGUGUAAUCAUUUCUUGUUUGGUCGUAGUGGCGUUAGCUGAGCCACCGCGCUCUAGAGCUGAAUUACCUCGCUUCAGACAAGCGAGGUUUAGAUCUCAGCGACAAGAGUUAGCACCAACUACCACUGACUCUCCCACGGAACCCACAACUGAGCCAAGUGGACCAUAUCCUCCUUCAGGAUGGAAGCCAUCUGGGGAACCCUUCACACUGCCUAAACAAGAAGUAGAAAAUACUUACGGAGCUCCAGAAGAAGGGCCUUAUCCUCCAUCAGGAUGGAAACCCCAAGGGCAACAAUUUAGCCUGCCAAACGAACCGCCUGCGACCAGCUAUGGAGUACCCGAUAACACUUAUGGAGCACCAACAACAGAUGCUGCAACUACGGACAAUCCUCAAGCAGAGAAACUAGACGAACCUGUUGAGGUUCAGCAAAGUGUUGGAACAUAUUACGUCCUCCUGCCAAACGGACAGCUGCAAAAAGUGGAGUUUAUGACGGAAAAUGACAUUCAGAAUAUGCAGUAUACUGCUAGAUUGCAGUUGAGGAAGCCGGCGCCGCUCCUUCUGUUUCGGCCUUAAGUGUUGUGAUUAUUGAGAUUAUUAAAGAUGAUUUAACAAAAUAAUAUUCCAA